AUGUCGCAAUCCCUCCGCCCGUACCUGCAGUGCGUGCGCACCUCCCUCACAGCCGCCAUCUCACUGUCCAACUUCGCCUCGCAAGCCUCCGAACGCCAUAAUGUGCCCGAGAUCGAAGCUGCAUCGUCUCCGGAAGUGAUUUUGAACCCACUCACCGUAUCGCGCAACGAGAACGAGCGAGUCUUCAUCGAGCCCAGCAUCAACAGCGUGCGAAUCAGCAUCAAGAUCAAGCAGGCAGACGAGAUUGAGCACAUCUUGGUCCACAAGUUCACAAGGUUCUUGCAGCAAAGAGCGGAGAGCUUUGUCAUCCUGCGGAGGAAACCGAUUAAAGGAUAUGACAUCUCAUUUCUGAUCACCAACUUCCACACCGAGGAGAUGCUGAAGCACAAGCUGGUGGACUUCAUCAUUCAGUUUAUGGAGGAGGUCGACAAGGAGAUCUCUGAAAUGAAGCUUUUCUUGAACGCAAGAGCUCGCUUCGUGGCCGAGUCUUUCCUUACACCCUUCGAUUAA